CUGUUCUCAUCGAGUAGCGUGUGUUCCUUUUCUAUCGAGAGCUUCCUUUUCUUUUACACGCAAGCAACACUGUAUCUGUGGUUUCAGGUGUGCGUAAGUGUUUGAUCUCCCUUCCACAACACUCGUGCAUCUCGUUUUGUUAGCCUGCGGUUUCGUAUUGCAGCGCGCUCUCGCUUACUCGCGAGAUGCGCACAGAGCUUAAGCGAUAUACCUUCGAAAGCAAGGCGUGAGGUGAGCAAAGCUCGUUCGCUCACUCGUUACUCACAGAGCAACUCGCGCACGCAUCGCACGUCCGUUGUUGGUGCUGCCGCUGCAGUAGUUAUUCGUCGUUCGAACGUACCGUUUUCACCGUUGAUCCGCGCUGAUAUCCGCUGUGUUUUUGUGUUACCGUCGCCUGCUGGCAGCCGUAAAUCAUUGUGCAGAGCCCUGCACCGCAGUGAAUCAUUAGGAUUAUUACCAUCGAAGCGUGUGGAACUAAACAACCGUGACGGUGAAUUUUACUUAAAAAAGAAUUUCAGAGCUAGUGCAAGGAUACCAAUUGGCAAUCUGUCCACUAUGGAUGCCAUCAAUGUAAAGCAGUUUUUGGUGAAUCAAUAAUUUCGGAUCUAAACCAUUUUAGGCAGAGCAGUGUGGUGAAAGCGGCCACCACGCAAAUGUGGUUGCUUUUGUGUAAUUUAAAACUUCAAAAAGUAGUGAGAAUUUGUGUGUUACAAAUAUUUUUACAUUCAAAAUAAAUGCAUCAGAUGCAGCUGAUCGUUGCAGUACCUUCGUUCAUCAACACCGUGGUUUGGUUGUGUGUUGUGUAGAUAAUAAGCAAACGAAAUUGUGCACGAAGAAUCAUUUCUGUGUGCUAAAGUGUGUAAGAGAAACCUGCAGUUUAGAGUAGAAUUCACUUGUCUUUCAACCACAUCAAGUACCCUCCGAGUCGAGUUAAACUUGAAAACGCGUUGAGAAAAAAAUAACCACGGGUGGAACAACACCUACCACCAUGGAGUCUGACGGAGAGCGUGAUGCCGGAUACAACCAUUACAAUUCUCCUCAGCAUCAGCCGCAACAGAGCUACCAUCGGAACUACGAGGAAUAUGUCCAUCCGAUGCAGCAACAGCAGCAGCAGCAACAACAGCAACACAAUCCCGCGGCCAGUUCGCCCCUUUCUACCCUCUCCCAGCAUGGCAGCAUGUUGGCACCGCAGAGUCCCAGUAUGCUGGGGGGCAGUAAUGGCAUGAUGUCCUCACCGCUCAUGCAGUCCCACUCACCGUUACUCUCGUCGAACGCAUCCCUGCUCCAAUCACAGUCACCACUGCUGUCCAGCUCGCCUCUAAUGAGCCAGUACAGUCCGUACCACCAUCAGGACGUACCGAUGCCGACGAUUCUGCCCCAGGACGAACCGGGCGGUGGUGGUGGAGGCUGGGGAGGGUACGCACUGACUGCGGCCGGUCCUUAUCAGAGCGAGUUCUGUGCCUCGAACUAUGGCGUGCUGCAUCAGCGGCAGGCGUACGGUGGCCCCCACGGUCCGGGCAAACUUGGACCGCACGGAGGUCUAAAGAGCGCCAAGGAAGCACGUAUCCGGCGGCCCAUGAAUGCGUUUAUGGUGUGGGCCAAGGUCGAGCGGAAGAAGCUCGCAGACGAGAAUCCCGAUCUACACAAUGCCGAUCUCAGCAAAAUGCUAGGUAAAAAGUGGCGCUCUCUAACGCCCCAGGAUCGACGUCCGUACGUGGAAGAAGCGGAACGGCUACGAGUGAUUCACAUGACCGAACAUCCCAACUAUAAGUACCGUCCACGACGCCGAAAGCACGCCAAAGCUAGAGCAGGCCCUGGUUCUGGACCGGCCGGUAGUGCAGGUUCUCUCGGUACAGGCCCGUCUGUCGGUGGAAACAGUCAGGGUUCUGCAGCUGGUGCUAACCUUACGGUUAACAAUUCGUCCCCAAGCGAGCUUAACUACGGUGACGGUGACUCAUCGCAACGUAUGAGUCCGUUUACGUACAACCCGCACUACUAUGCCGGCAGCAAUAACGCACUCAACACGCCCGAUUCGAGUCCCACCCAGAGUCCGGAACCGAUCGCCGUCCCACCAACUGUCGGUAGUCGCAAACUGGCCGCAGUAGCUGCGGCUGCUAAUGGGGGAGUCGCUACGAACGGAGACGCUGGCCAGAAGAUGGAGGACGUUUCGUCAGCUCUGCCAACACCGGAGAUGAGCCCCUUGGAGUUGGAAAAAGAUCCGGGCUUUGGCGGUGGAUUACAUUCGGCGCAUGCCGGUAGUUACGAUGACCUGAAGAGCAAGCAAAAGCUUACUUACGAAGGUGUGUACGGAGUGAAGAGUGAGCAGAAGCUGCCAGCCACCUUCCCAUCACAUGCGUACGACCACGAGACGCAUCAUUCACAUCAACAGCAGCAGCAUCAUCAUCACCAACAGGAUGGUCUAGUGAAGCGCGAAUAUGGUGGGUUCGGUCUCGGUGGCGACAAACGAUACUCGUACGAAGGUGUAGGUCAGCUGGUAAACGGAGGAGGACUUCACGAGAAGCGCAACUAUCUAUCGGUGAGUUCCGGGUCCACGACGACCACAGCCAUGGUGAACGGGAUGUACGUGAUGUGUACGAACCGUAGUAUUCUGGACCAGGGUCACAUCGUCACUGGCACGUACUUCCCACCGUUGGCCACGUCCGAGGAUCAUCAGACGCUCGGGACCACCACCAUGACGACGAGCAGCCAUGGGCCGCAUCUCAGUACAAACAAUCACACCAGUGGCAAUAGCAAUAAUAACUCCGGCACACCGGGAACACCGGGAACUCCGACUCAGCUGAAAAACUCCAACGGAUUACUGGGCGCAGGGGUGUCCACCUCAAACACACAGAUGUCCCAGAUCAGUAACAGCAAUGCACAGCACUUGCAGCAACAACAACAGCAGCAGCAGCAGCAACAACAACAGGCAGCCAACGAUCAACUCAAUAGCUACUACGGUACGGCGUCACUACCGAAUGGAACACUGCCGACGUACUCGUACGCCUACAAAGACUAUGGCAUUAUGUACGAGACUCACGCUCUCCCCGGCCAAGACGUAGAUGCGGUGGAUGCGCGUGAUCUGGACAAGUACCUGAAGUACCCGGACAGCAAUCAAAACUUCAACGGGUACGACAGUGCGUCCUAUCAUCAGCAGGCAGGUUCCUCGCCUGCUGGUGGCUCUAUUUACGGAAUAUCCCAGGGCGAGUACUACACGUACGGCGGUACUGUACUUGCUCACCAGUCUCCACAACAUCAGAGCCAGGGUCAACAUCAACAACAGCAGCAGCACCAACAACAGCAACAGCAGCAUCACCAACAGUCUCACCAGCUAUCCCUACCAGCGAACGGAGGAGGACAUACCAUCCCGAAGCUCUCGGACGUUAUGCUACAGGGUGGUCCCGGUUCGCAUCAACUUCCCUCCACUCCCGUGGCCCUGUAUGCUCUUCCACAGCUACAACACGCACAACAUCUUGCCGCAACUGCUGGUGGUGGAUCUGGCGCACAGGUCGUGUCCGUUCCGCACGGUGUACAUCCGCUCGGUCCGAACGGUACCAUGGCGGACAUCUACGUUGCGAACGAGCAGCAGCUGAAAGAUGACGAGUUUAGCAACAUUCUGGCCGGUGUGCGUAAAACCUGCUACAGCAACUAGUGUGCCGGUGGGACGAGUAGAUUUUUUUGUUUUAUACGUUGAAAUACUCAAGAGAAGUGGUUUGUAGCAAGUAACCCAAGAUCCCUUUUUCCAAAGGUUUACUACCUUCAUUUCAGUAUACAGCUGUGGCUUCAAAUUCACAUUUACUACUACAUUCUUCACUCGUUACGGUACUGCAAUUCGAUUUAGGUUAAUGUUUGUAAAUGAUAAAUUAGUAUCACCUCAACCCUAAGCCCUCCUCUCCCUCUUCUUCUCCUGGCACAUUCGUUGGCACCCACCGAAAUUCCAUCAAUUCGAUUCGUUCGUAGUAUGGAUUCAAAGGAAUUGAAAUCCUGCAUAAGGUUUCUGUUUAGCCAACCCGCUUACACGCGCAUACGAGUGAACCAAAGGUUUUGCUUUUCGCACCAUCGUGAGCAAUACAGUAUAGCUGCUAGAGUAUAGUAAUUAGUGAAAAAGUGUGAGUAUAUUAUAGCACACUAUAUAAGUUAUCUCUUCACCAUAUUUCAGACAAUUUUUCCCGUUUUCCGGUAUUAUGCAGAGUGGAACAUUUGUUUAUAGUGUUUUAUGUUUUCAAUUUUAUUUCACGACGAAAGUAAUCCUUCCUUUCCACGUGAAAAUACUGUACAGAAUGAUGAAGUAGAAAAUUACAAAAUUAUAGCAAAAGCAAAAAUGAUAUAAAACGAAAACAAAAGCAAAAAAAAAACGUUCAACAAGAGCUUUGGUGCUCUUACGUAGAGGAAACGUAUCAUUGCAUUCCGCUUUAGAAUAAUGAUCGUAGAUUAGUGGAAGAAACAAAAACACAUGAUUAUAGGUUAAUUAAUCGCUAGCAUAAAGUGAACUAGGCACUAGGAACCGACGACAACUUUAGUGACGAGUGGCUAACGAUCGAAGAUUCGAAAAUGCGCCAGAGUUGAAGGGAAGAUUCUUUUCCCCUAUUUCCAAUGGUGGGAAAAUUGUACAUGAUCACACGCGGGUAACGAACGACCGUAACGCAACGUACCUUCGUGAACGUAGUCUAUGAAUCAUUUAUGUUACGAUCAUUAAAUUGAAAUCACAUCAAAAGUCACCUGCGGAAGGAGCUUUUUUUUGGUGUUUGAAGGUGAUCGAGAAGGAACGCGAGGUGUCAUUAUUUUGUUUUGUUUUUUUUUAUUCAACCGUUUUCCACACAAUUUCCUGGGGCCAAAUUUUUCGAUUUCGGUAAGUCUGUCGCGGGGGAGGGGGCCGAGGGAUGGUCACUUUCACGUCAGCGGUUGGAAAACGGUUCCACGAUAGUGUGUAAGUGUAUGUGAAUAAGCGGUUAAAACGUAACUUCCCCCCCUGAAUGAAUGAGAAAUAAAUUAAAAGCAAUGAUAGAUGUUCAACCAA